GCGGGAAACUGCUAAAAUAAAGAAGUGAAACUAACAGUAAUGCUCUCGUGUGCAAAAGUAGAUAUAAACUGUUCAGAUCAGAUGUGUGUUGAGCCAGUGCGGUUAACAGUGUAUGCACUUCUCAGACCUUUCACACACACUUAAAGCAACACGUCACUGUCACUAUAGCAACUCUAGCAGAAUUAAUAACCAAAGAUAAUAACCAGAGGAGGAGCUGAUGAUGUUUAAAGGAAGAGCUAUACUUAUAUAUAAUAAGGAGGAAGACGGAGAGAAACGGACAGAAGCAGAAAUGUCUGAUCAGUGUGAUCUGUGUCUGCUGGGACUGAUCAUUCUCUCUUCACUUCUCACAGGCACCAGUGGAGUGGAUGAUGAUCAUGUGUUCAUCAGUUCUGGUGUAAAUGUCCGUCUGUCCUGUAAUAAUGCUCUUUCUGACUGCAAAUCAACAUCAUGGAUCUACUAUAACAGAUUCAGACAUUCAGCAGGAGUUGAACUGAUUAAUUUAGGGAUAAAGAAAGACACAGAGAGACAUGAGAGACUGAGUCUGGAGUCUGACUGCUCUCUGAACAUCAAGAACGUCACAGAAGGAGAUUAUGGAUAUUACACCUGCCAACAAUGGAUAGAAGUGAAUGGAAAACACCAGAAACAAGGAACUGAUACACGUGUUUAUCUGCAUGUUCUUCAUGUUUCAGUGUCUCCAUCAUCAUCAUCAUCUUCAUCCUCACAGACUGAGGUCAGUUCAGGCCGCUCUGUGACUCUCUCCUGUCAGUUGUAUUCAUAUAGUGGAUCCCCCUGUGAUUAUUUGGUUCGUUCUGAGGGAGUUGAGCUGUUGUGGGUGAAUCAGGCUGGUGUUGAUCUGAAGACAGACUCCAGAUAUCAGAUAUCAUCAUCAUCAUCAUCAUCUCCACAUCGCUGUAUCAUCACUCUGACUACAACACUCCUGGAUGAAGAUAACAACAGAGAGUGGAGAUGUCAGCUUACUCACAGAAAUCAACUCCAGACGUCAGUCACAUACACUGUCAAGUAUUCAGUGCAAGAGGGAAAGAUGGAGGAUGCAGAUCUUCUGUCUGAUCUGCAGAACAGUGAGAGGAAGACCAUCACACCUGAGCCAUCAUCACUGGGCUCUGGCACUGAGGAAGAAGAAGAGGAAGAUGAGGAGAAUGAUGAUGAAGAGUCCAGCAGCCGGAAGGAGGGAGAAGCUCAAGCUGAUUCAACGACAGCAGUGAAUACAGCCCACAUCACACUCUCUCAAUCUCCUUCAACAACAAACACACCACAAACUUCUACACAAGUCAUAGGGAUUUCUGUCGCUGCAGUCGCUGUUCUCCUUCUUGCUCUUCUCUGGCUGAUCUGCAGAAAAACAGCUGAUAAUAAAAGAGGGACUGGCGACUCUGCGGUCAAAGAUGAAGAUGAACAUAAAGAGACGUAUGAGACGAUCAACAUGUCCAUUCCUCCUGCUGCAAGAGCCGAUGAGCAGACCGAUGAUGUCACUUAUUCUGAGGUCUCUUCUUCCAACACAAAGCCAGUAAAAGCUCUCGAUGAUCAUAAUGAUACAGUGACUUACGCUGCCAUCAGAGGAAGAGAAGAUAAACCGCAGGAUCAACUUUACGCCACUGUGAACAACAACAAGUAAAUGCAUUUGCGCCCAUGGGCUGCUGGACUGAGAACGAGGUGUGUGUUCAGGCGCAUUGCUAUUUUGAGGAAAAUGAAAUAGACUGAGCCGUUGACCAACAAAAACCUGUUUAAAGUCAAUGGCGCAGUAUUUUUUUUUAUUUAAAGAGUCCGUUAGUAAUGUGUGCCUACAGGAGGGUCCACAACGCACACACAAUCUGCUUAUUACACACACACAGGGACGGAAACAGCACACAAACAUGCCAAGUAUUACAAUUAACACACACACAGAGCUUAUCCUUGAGCGCACACACAGAGCUUUAUC